AUGGAGCAUUUAUAUCCAGAGAGUGUCGCAUUCCUAUCGCCAUGGAUACUACCAAGCUUCCUGGGUAACUCGUCGCAGAGCAUCUCAGAAUUCUACAUGCUUGACAUUCUUCCGAUGGCAGCUCGAGCUCUCUCCUUUGUCUGCCUCGCGGGCAUUGCCGCUGCUCUCGUUGAAAGAAGUCCCCUGGUUUUGACUCACACCAUCAAUGGCUUAGAUCAAGUCUUCCAACUCGGCAACAAGAGCUACUUGGCAACGCCCGCCUCAUCACUCGCUCUCGCAGCUGCAAAUCUCAAAGCAACCACCGCUCCGGCAACUCAUAUCGUCGCAACUAGCCCCGUCAUCACUGGUCGGUACCUUCAAGAUACGAUUGCGCGCUACCUGGCCGAAGAUGACGUAUUCUCGGAGGACUUCCUCGAGACCAUCAUCCUGAGCUCCAAUUGCUCUUCGAGGCUUGAUGAUGCUGCCACAGCAUUCGUGAUAUCUAUCGAUGCGCAAGUUCUCAUGCUACCAGCCUCUUCCCAGUUUGAGUCGCCCAUGCCGCCUCCCGGCCCGUUAUUCUUGGAGUCCGAUGGCAAGACGGUCACGCUCUCAAAAGUCUUCCGUCUCUACACAGACACUUACAGUGACUUUGUCCAUGGAAUCUACGAAUCCAACGGAAGCUAUAAAGUCCUUAGCCUAACCGACGCUAAUUGGGGCUACCCCUUGAUCCCCGUCCCAUCCCGCCUCUACACCGCAGCCGACUCUGGGCCUCUCUCUGGGACAAGACUUGGCGUCAAGGAUAUCUACGACAUCAAGGGACUCAAGUCCACGCUAGGAAGCAAGGCAUGGACGCAAAUGACCACCAAAGCGAACGCAACCGCUCCUUCUAUCCAGCGCAUCAUUGACCUCGGCGGAACGGUCGUGGGGAAGCAGAAGACGUCCCAAUUCGCAUCUGCGGCUCACGCGUGGGAGUGGACCGACGUUUACUACCCCCAGAACCCCCGCGGUGACGGAUAUCUCAGUUGCUCGGCGUCGUCUGCUGGUGGUGGUUGCUCCAUAGCCGCGUACGACUGGCUCGACUUCGCCAUCGGGUCGGACACUGGCCAGUCUAUGCGCCAACCGGCGGCGUUCUCGGGUACCUUUGGAAACCGCCCAUCGCAAGGUCUCAUGGUUUUGGACGGAGUCAUGCCUAUUUCCUAUGGUGCCGACACGGGCGGUGUAUUUGCACGUGAUCCUCAGGACUGGGUGAAGUUCGCUAAGCUCUGGUACGACCCUUCACUUCACCAAGAUAGCAGCCUCAAUGGGCUACCCGAUCUUGUGGUUCCGGAUUCUCGUGCUUUUCCGAGGCGAAUUCUGUAUCCCACCGACUAUCUUCCGCUGAAGAACCCCGCUGCCGAAGCCGUUCUUCAGAGCUUCCUGGCCCGGGUCAGCAAGGUCAUGGACUUGAUGGUGUCGAAAGUCAACAUCACGGAAAGGGUCGAGACCGUAACUGGUCGGGAUCUUGACGGGAUUCUGGCUGACCUGGGUACAAUCUGGACCUACACACAGCUCAAAGUUGUGGCAACACCUCUGAUUGCACACUACAGCCCUGGUUUCCCUUCUCUUGAUAGACCGUACCGAACUUCUUUCUGGAAUUUCACCCUAGACGCCGAAGGUCAUACCGAAGCGCUUGACCGCAGACGCCAGGACUCCGAGGCCUGGCAUCGUGAGGUUUUGUUCAAUACGACCGAAAGCUGCUCUGAGUCCAUCAUGAUCUACGACAUCGGCACGGGCGGGCUUCCCUCCUUCAGAGAGGCUCAGUUGAAUGAGUCCCCCGGCGCUGCCUUACCUGAUGGUCCUGGAACUCGAGGAGCUGCCUCUUCCCUUGCGUCCUACUUUGGAAGCGUAGACUUCACCAUUCCAAUUGGUCAGGUGCCUUACUACAGCAACAUCACCCGCCGAGAAGAGAUGAUGCCUGUGACUAUCAAUAUGGUGGCCAGGAGGGGGUGCGAUUUUGUCUUGUUUAAUCUUGUCGAAGAGUUGACGAAGCUAGGAGUCUUGGGGCCUGUCACUACUGGUUCGCGAACUUUUGUAUGA